AUGGCAACAUGGGGAACAGUUGAGGAAUGGAGGAAAGUGCAGUGGAAACAAGAAAAAAUGUUAAAUUCUCUCAAGACAUUUAAAAUUUGUAAUGAAGUCGAGCAGCUCCUCUUCCUCCUCUGUGGACCAAUUGGAGCAGGAAAAUCCAGCACCAUAAAUACCAUCAAAACCAUUUUUGAAGGACGUCAGUUUGUCAGUUGUCUGGCUGCUUCAGGAUCUUCAACUCACACUUUACACCUGAGUCAAUAUAAUGACUAUGAAAAUGCAUCAUUUCCUUUUACCCUCAAUGAUGUAAUGGGUAUAGAAGCAUCAGAAGGAGUGCAAACAGAUGAUAUCAUCAGUGCUUUAAAGGGUCACAUUAAAGAGGGUUACGUGUUCAACUCUAAAGCUCCAAUAGCUGAAAGCAACAUUUAUUACAACAAAGAUCCGAGUCUGAAUGAUCAGAUGCAUUGCCUGGUGUAUGUCAUUCCAGCCAACAUGAUUUCAGUGAUGGACAAUGAUUUCAUCAGCAAAUUUAUUUGUGUCAGCAAAAUUGCUAACAAAAUGGGUGAGUGA